GGUUGGGGGUGGUUACACCACAGACAUGGGCAUGACUUUGAGAAGUCUUAAAGGUAAAGUGUUUAAAAAUAAGAGUCAGCCCCGGGGUACUUGGAAAUUUGUUCUAAAUCAAGGAACAGCUAGCUGGAAUUAGCAAGCAAGGCUUCCUCUGUGACGGGCCCCCGCAGCCCAGAGCUGGGCUAGCUGCUCCCCGAAAGAAAACACCCCAGGGCUUUCCCGGCUCUACCCCUGACCCCAUUCUUCAACUUCUCCUUCCUUCUCUAGCGACUUUCUUCCUUCUGCCAAGGCCGAAGUCAGGAAUAGCCUUUCUAAAUCUCCAGAAUUUUGUUGGGUGAUUAGUUCAAGGUCAAGCUUGACUAUAACACAGGGAAGCAAACAGAUAAAGGAACCUGAGAGACUCCAGAGAGGAGCAGAGGUGCAGCCUGGGGUCGGCCCCAGAUCUUAAAGGCAGGGUUGGUGCCCCGAGCCACUCCACUCCGUGGGCCUGAUAGCAAAGGACAGCAGUGCUCCAUGUGCUCCGCGGGGAGGGGGAGUGAAAGUGAAGUGGUGUAGACCCCUGUUGUCCGGGCCACGUCACCAGGAGCAGUCUUUUGGGAAGGUCAGUCCUUGGCAUACGGCUCCCAUUGGGAAGGGGGCAGUUCCCCCUGGAAAUGGAGAUGUUCUCAGGCCUUACGGUCGCAGUUCUCCCUCUUUGCCUGUGGUUCCCUUUUCUUCUUCAAAAAGCCCUUUUUGUUUUCCAUCAGAGAGGAGCAUCAGAUAAUUUUUAAUGGAAAUUGAGUGGAUAAUAAAAGCUCAAAUAUUGAUUUAGGUGGAAAAAAUAGCCUACUCCAUUUCAAAGCGCUUUUCCUGGGUGCUCAGAGCUCCAUCUUCUUGCCACUGUGGGUCUCAAGGAGUCCCUUCCUCCUGAUUUAUUUGCAGCCUUCAGCUUUUGGCUCUGCCCCACAAGAGCCUAGCUGGACCCAGCUGUGUUCCUACCAGAACAGGAGGCGAAGGGAGCCCAUGAACGGCCCACUGGCGCCACCUACUGGACAAAGUUCUUAAUCCGUUCUUGACCGAGGACGGCUCACUGUCACCUUGUUACCCACUACCUUGCUUCCUUUAUGGACAAUUCUCCUACUCAGUGGUAUACUGAAUGAGUGCUUAUACUUGUUGUUUCUACAACAGCUGUACUGUUUUGCACUAUGACUUAAUAUCUUACAAUUCGCCCAUUUAAAUGGUGCCGUUACGUGGCUUUAGUAUAUUGACUUGUGCAGUCAUUGUCACAAUCCCAGAACCUGUCUGUCAUCACCCCAACAGAACCCUGCCCGUGAGCAGUCACUUCCCAUCUCCCCUCAUCCCCCCAGCCCUAGGCAACCAGCAACGUGCUUUCUGUCUCAGGAUUUGCCUAUUCUGGACAAUCUGUAGCGUUUUGUGUCUGGUUUCACCUAGCAAGGUGUUAAAGGCUCGUUCCUGUAGUAGCGGGUAUCAGUACUCCAUUUGUUUUUAGGGCUGAGCAACAUAUCUUGUCUGUAUCACCCAUCGAUGGCCAUUGGGAUUAUCUCCACCUUUCGGCUGUUACGAAUAAUGUUGCUAUAAAUGGUCAUGUACGGGUUUUUGUGUGGACAUGUAUUUUCAUCUCUCCUGAGUGUAUACCUAGGAGUGCAAUUGCUGGGUCAUAUGGCAACUGUUUAAUCCUCUGAGGGCCUGCCAGACUGCUUUCCCCAGCAGCUGCCUCAUUUACACCCCCACCGGCAGCACAUGGAGGGUCUGGUUUCUUCACAUUCUCCCCAACGCUUGUCAUCAUCUGACUUCUUGGGUUUAACCAUCCUUGUGGGUGUGAAUUGUGUUGCUACGGUUUGAUUUGAUUUUCAUUUCCCCGAUGGCUAAUGAUGAUGAGCAUCUUUUCAUGUGCUUGUUGGCCAUUUGUGUAUUUUCUUUGGAGAAAUGUUUAUUCAGAUUCUUUGCCCAUUUGUAAACCGGGUUAAUUUGUAUUUUAUUACUGAGUUGUAGUUUCUUAUAUUGUAGACACAAGUCCUCACCUUGGCUGUGCUGGUGCCUGGAACCGUAAGCUGAGGCUCUAUUGUAAAAAUGUACAAAAGUCCAGAAGGAAGAGCUGGUUUGGACGAAGGUGACCUCUCUCCUGGCUUACCUGCUGCUGCUCGAGGGAGGCAUGUUCUCUCCGUCCCCACCACCCUCCGGGCUGUUGGAGAGGGUCUUCCAGUUCAUUGAUCUCCACCAGAAUGAGUUUGUACAGAUACUUAAGGAGUGGGUGGCCGUAGAGAGUGACUCCGUUCAGCCCGUGCCCCACCUCAGGCAAGAGCUCUUUCGAAUGAUGGCCCUGGCUGCAGACAAGCUUCGGUGCCUGGGUGCCAGCGUGGACUCCGUGGACACGGGCUUUCAGCAGCUGCCUAAUGGUCAGACUCUCCCGAUACCUCCCAUCAUCCUGGCCGAACUGGGAAAUGACCCAAAAAAGCCCACCGUGUGCUUCUAUGGCCACUUGGACGUGCAGCCUGCUAGACAGGAAGAUGGGUGGCUCACAGACCCUUACACGCUGACGGAAGUGGAUGGAAAACUUUAUGGUCGUGGAGCAACAGACAACAAGGGCCCCGUUUUAGCGUGGAUUAAUGCUGUGAGCACCUUCAGAGCCCUGGAAGAAGAUCUCCCCGUGAAUAUCAAAUUCAUCAUCGAAGGCAUGGAAGAAGCCGGUUCUGUUGCCCUGGAGGAGCUGGUCAGAAAAGAAAAGGACCGGUUCUUUUCCAGUGUAGACUACGUCGUGAUUUCAGAUAACCUGUGGAUCAACCAGGGGAAGCCGGCCCUCACCUACGGCACGAGAGGGAACAGCUACUUCAGGGUGGAGGUGAAAUGCCGAGAUCAAGAUUUUCAUUCAGGAACCUUUGGUGGCAUCCUCCAUGAGCCAAUGGCUGAUUUGGUUGCACUUCUUGGCAGCCUGGUGGACUCAUCUGGUCAUAUUCUGAUCCCUGGAAUCUAUGACCAAGUGGCUCCUCUUACGGAAGAAGAGAGAAAAAUGUACAAAGCCAUUGAUUUGGACCUGGAGGAAUACCGGCAUAGCAGCCACGUUAAGAAAUUUCUGUUUGACACCAAGGAGGAAAUUCUAAUGCACCUAUGGAGGUACCCAUCGCUGUCAAUCCACGGGAUCGAGGGUGCAUUUGAUGAGCCUGGAGCUAAAACCGUCAUCCCUGGCCGAGUUAUCGGAAAAUUUUCAAUCCGUCUGGUCCCUCACAUGAAUACGUCUGUGGUGGAAAAACAGGUGAAGCAGCAUCUUGAACAUAUAUUCUCCAAAAGAAAUAGUUCCAACCAGAUGACUGUUUCUAUGACACUGGGACUACAGCCGUGGAUGGCAAAUAUUAAAGAUAAUCAGUAUCUUGCGGCCAAAAGAGCCAUCAAAACAGUAUUUGGAACAGAGCCAGACAUGACCCGGGAUGGCUCAACCAUACCGAUUGCCAGAAUAUUCCAGGAUAUCAUCCAAAAGAGUGUGAUGAUGCUCCCGCUGGGUGCUGUUGAUGAUGGGGAACACUCUCAGAAUGAGAAAAUCAACAGGUGGAACUACAUAGAAGGAUCCAAGUUAUUUGCUGCCUUUUUCCUAGAGAUGGCUAAGCUUCAUUUGUAAUGACAGGAACCUUCCAGCUUAGAGCUGACCUACUGACAGAUACCCUCUCCUGCAGCCCUGCAUAGGGGUAGAAUCUAAAUAUCCAGAGAAUUUCCAUCCAGGAAAUAAUGUCUUCCCUCCCAUUUAAAAUAUCUUCCGACAUUUGGGCCAGUAAGAAAACAUUUUAAAGGCACAGAUAUUGGAAAUGGAGUACCAUCCCAGUGGCACGCCUUUCUGAAGGCACAGCUGCCUGCAACACCUCCCUAAGGCCAGCUGUAGGAGCCCCGGGAGGAGGCUCACGCUUUCCUUGGAGCACAAGGACUGUUCUUCCACCAGACUCUCCCUGGCACUUGGAUGGGCCUGAUCACUCCAGUGUGCUCUUAGGUUCUGGCGGUGCUCACGACAUACUCAUUCCGCGUGUCUAUCACCCUUUCCUUUACCACACAUUCCUUUUGUUAGUAAAACUGUCGGUCCCACCGCUGGCGACCAGGACUUCCCUGUGGGUUCAUUUGUAGAGGAGUAACUAAAGUGUGAUGCCCUCUUAACCUUUUGCUUCUCCUUCGUUUAUUUUGCCUUGCUUCUUGGAAAGUUCUGAAACAGGAAUGGUCAGUAGUUGUAACCUUAAGCCAUUUGGGAUUCCCUUUGUGAAGAUGAGUACUUUUUCUAUUUCAAGGCUCUUUACCUCUUCUAGGAUUCAUGCCAACCAACCACCUCUCCUGCACCCUCUUCUUUCUUCCUACCCCAUCCCCCCAGACAUCCGUGCACACGUAAAGUCACCACAGGAGAAUCAAUCCCGAUAGAAUUUCCCUCCCCCCACUGGAAUUUUACUCAGUGACUACAUCUAAAUUGCUCAAAGCUUUUAAUAGCAUCGGUUUUAGAUAGAGAAUGAAUCUAAUCAGCCCUGACAUCAGUAACACAUUCUAAAUUUAAAGCCAUCAGCUAAUGCUGCAUUUAGUAAUCAUUUUAGUUAACCGUCUUGUUUGCCUUGAUUGCAUUUGAUGGUGUAAACAAACAAACAAAAAGAAUGUAAUUUUUCUACAGUUGAGUGUAUAUAAACAAAUCAAUUCAAUCUUUAUAAAUUCAUUACUUAAAUGACAUUAAUGGAGAAGAAUUUAAGAGUUUAUUAAGAAUGUUUCUCCUAGGAUUCCAAAUAAAAUCACAGCAUAAUACAUUUAA